AUGUCCAAGGCUAACAGCGAGGUGGCUCAGUGGAGAACCAUGUAUGAAACUGAUGCCAUUCAGCGCACGGAGGAGCUCGAGGAGGCCAAGAAAAAGCUUGCCCAGCGUAUUCAGGAUGCGGAAGAGUCCAUCGAGGCCGUGAAUGUGAAAUGUGCCUCUCUGGAGAAGACCAAACAGAGGCUACAGGGUGAAGUGGAGGUCUUGAUGAUUGAUGUGGAGAGAGCUAAUGCUCUGGCUGCAAACCUGGACAAGAAGCAGAGGAACUUUGACAAGGUUCUUGCAGAGUGGAAGCAGAAGUAUGAAGAGAGUCAGGUCAAGCUGGAAGGAGCUCUGAAGGAGGUGCGUGCUUUGAACACAGAGAUGUUCAAAAUGAAAAACUCCUAUGAAGAAGCUCUGGGCUACCUGGAGACCCUGAAGAGGGAGAACAAGAACCUGCAACAGGAAAUAAGUGAUUUGACUGAGCAUAUUAGUGAAACAGGAAAGACAAUUCAUGAACUGGAGAAGGGUAAGAAAACUGCAGAGAAUGAGGUCAGGAGCAGGAAUGAUGCCCUAAGGUGCCAAAGAAUAUGGAGAAAGGCCAGGAGGUCGAUGAUCAGAAUGUCACUGAUUCAGUCAAGAACGGCCAACCGGAGAUGGACCCCUGCCCCUAAGUACCAGGUGGGGCAGAAAGUUUGGCUCUUCGCCAAGGACCUACCAUUAAGAGUAGAAUCCCGGAAGUUGGCACCCCGAUUUGUUAGACCUUUCCCAAUUUCCAAGAUCUUCAACCCUGUCGCUGUACGGCUGGGAUUACCCAACUCUAUGAGGAUUCACCCCACGUUCCAUGUUUCUCAAGUCAAGCCCUUUGUGGAGCCCCGACUUUAG